GGUCUGGUCUGGAUUAGUAGAGCGCCUCGUCCCGUGGCACCCAAAUCGAACGUGCCGCGACACGAUCCAAAUCUGCCGCUGAUCGCCCGCCAGGCGCCAGAGCCAGACGCAGCAGCGGGGCGAGGGAUCCGAGUCAACUCCACCACCUCGGCACGACUCAAAUCCGCUCCCAGUCUCCAGUGCUGCUUUGCCGCCGGAACAAGUCGGGAGGCUCUUCCGUGUCAGCCGCCAUCACCAUCCGCCUAGUGUAGCUGCCGGCUCGCCGGCGCCGCAGCCGCGCGCUGCUUAGUGCUCGGCGCGUCGCGCGCGCACCGGCACCGCCGCUUGCCACGAGGUUCGACUUGACUCCACGGGCGGGCGCGCUCGUGCGACGGGAUGGACAUCGAAUCCUCCCCGUCCCUGGGUGGGCAGCGCGAGCGCGAGCGCGAGCCUGCCGCGGGGGCGUGGGUGACGGUCGAGGAGUGGAGCGGCAGCUCCGGCUCCGUGCUCUCCCGCACCGCCGUCCUCACCGCCUCUCCCACCUCGCUCAUCUCCAACAGGUACGGCAGCCGGUGGGGCCGGAUCGGCGGCCGCGUGCUCGGCGCCUUCGUGCCCGAGGGAUUUCCUGGUAGCGUUACCCCGGAUUACGUCCCGUUCCAGAUGUGGGAUACCUUGCAGGGGCUCUCAACAUACAUCCGUGCGAUGUUGUCAACGCAAGCUCUUUUGAGUGCCAUUGGUGUAGGUGAGAAAUCUGCCACGGUCAUAGGAGCCACUUUUCAGUGGUUUCUCAGGGAUUUGACAGGUAUGCUCGGAGGUAUAUUGUUCGCUUUUUACCAGGGAUCUAACCUUGAUAGCAAUGCUAAAAUGUGGCGUCUAGUUGCAGACUUCAUGAAUGACCUAGGAAUGUUGAUGGAUCUCUUAAGCCCUUUGUUUCCUUCAUCAUUGAUAGUUAUAAUGUGCUUGGGCAGCCUGUCUCGGUCAUUUACUGGUGUUGCUAGUGGAGCAACUAGAGCAGCAUUAACGCAGCAUUUCGCACUUGCGAAAAAUGCAGCUGAUAUAUCUGCUAAGGAGGGCAGUCAGGAGACACUUGCAACUAUGUCUGGAAUGGGACUGGGAAUGUUGUUGGCCCAUGUUACCAGGGGGCAUGAUUUGGUUGUAUGGGUUUCAUUCCUUUCUCUCACAAUAUUUCAUAUGUAUGCAAAUUACAAGGCAGUGCAGUCACUUUCACUUGUUACACUAAAUUAUGAGAGAACUUCCAUCUUGCUGCAGUAUUUUCUCGAAGAUGGUGAAGUUCGUACACCACAACAGGUCUCCAAGCAAGAGCAUAUUCUUCCGUUCUGGUCAAGCUGGCGGAGAUUGCUUAGAACUAAACUUCCACAUGAGCUUGUACAUUUAGGUGCUAAAGCCUCAAUGCUUACGCACUCUGAUAUGUUACUGAUUUCAAAAACAAGGUCCUACUAUACAGAUGCCAACUAUUUUUUGCUGGAUAAGGAAGGCAGUGUUCAUAUUUUCAUCCACAAGCAAGCAGCGGCAACUGAUGUUUUGAAGUCAUUUGUACAUGGACUUGUGUUAGCACGUCUGACACGGAAGAGCAAAUCUUGCCAUGCGGAAGCUCACCAAUGGAUGGAUGACAAGUACAACAUUUUCAUCUCCAAGCUGAAAAUGGAAGGUUACUCAACUGAACGACUUCUGUCGCAUUCCAUUGUUUGGAGGGCACACUGGCUUUACGGUUCUUCAGAUGAGAAGAUCAAGUAGGAGGAAGCAGCUGGAGCCUGGAGUUAGCGGUAUCAUUCUGUUCGGCAUCUUAUCUCUCACUAAUUUUGGUGAGAACUCACACGCGCACAAAUUGCACGACGAAAAACAAACAAACGCUUGGUGAGGGUUAUACCAACCAGUCUGAUUUUUGUACUGCUGGUGGCAGUAUGCGUCUAUUUUAUUUUAUGUGUCCAGCGUGAGUUCAUGCCAUGAGAUUCGCAUAUUUUUGUGGCUAUACCAUGUACAACAUUAUACUAUCAGUGAUCACUAAUCCAUUCUUAUGCAUGACAGCCGAUGGGCACUCCAUGUAAACUUAACUUAGUGUGAUAUGAGGGUGUGCUACGACGAUGAGUACUUGCUGGUAUUACCAUGGGGGUAGGAACAUAAUUUUCAUGUACCAAAUCUCGUUUUAAGUCCUUUUAUUCGAACAAA